GCAACCCUGUGCAUGUAUGCGUUCUUUCUCUCUCUCUCUCUCAAAAAAAAAAGUCUUUUAUUUAAACUAAAAACAAAAAACAAAAACAGUUCACCCACAGAGUGAGCAUAGACUUUCAGUGCAUUAGUGGAGGUGGGCUUGUUCUUUGUGCUCUUGCUUUCCCCCACCAGACCAUCAGGAAACCACUGAUUUGAAAAGAAUGAGAGAAAAUGGAGUAGCCCUAGUUCAGCCCAGCACCUUGAUGCCAGCCUAUCUGAGAGGGAGAACUGGUGGGCGGUCCUUCCUGUGACACGACCCUUGAGUGACAGUUGUAUUUGAUUGCCUCCAGUACUGUGAGGAAAGGACACGACUCUAUGGUGAGGACUGAUGGACAUACAUUAUCUGAGAAAAGAAACUACCAGGUGACAAACAGCAUGUUUGGUGCUUCAAGAAAGAAGUUUGUAGAGGGGGUCGACAGUGACUACCAUGACGAAAACAUGUACUACAGCCAGUCUUCUAUGUUUCCACAUCGGUCAGAAAAGGAUAUGCUGGCAUCACCAUCUACAUCAGGUCAGCUGUCUCAGUUUGGGGCAAGUUUAUACGGGCAACAAAGUGCACUAGGCCUUCCAAUGAGGGGGAUGAGCAACAAUACCCCUCAGUUAAAUCGCAGCUUAUCACAAGGCACUCAGUUACCGAGCCACGUCACGCCAACAACAGGGGUACCAACAAUGUCACUUCACACGCCUCCAUCUCCAAGCAGGGGUAUUUUGCCUAUGAAUCCUAGGAAUAUGAUGAACCACUCCCAGGUUGGUCAGGGCAUUGGAAUUCCUAGCAGGACAAAUAGCAUGAGCAGUUCAGGGUUAGGUAGCCCCAACAGAAGCUCGCCAAGCAUAAUAUGUAUGCCAAAGCAGCAGCCUUCUCGACAGCCUUUUACUGUGAACAGUAUGUCUGGAUUUGGAAUGAACAGGAAUCAGGCAUUUGGAAUGAAUAACUCCUUAUCAAGUAACAUUUUUAAUGGAACAGAUGGAAGCGAAAAUGUGACAGGAUUGGACCUUUCAGAUUUUCCAGCAUUAGCAGACCGAAACAGAAGGGAAGGAAGUGGUAACCCAACUCCAUUAAUAAACCCCUUGGCUGGAAGAGCUCCUUAUGUUGGAAUGGUAACAAAACCAGCAAAUGAGCAAUCCCAGGACUUCUCAAUACACAACGAAGAUUUUCCAGCAUUACCUGGUUCCAGCUAUAAAGAUCCAACAUCAAGUAAUGAUGACAGUAAAUCUAAUUUGAAUACAUCUGGCAAGACAGCUUCAAGUACAGAUGGACCCAAAUUCCCUGGAGAUAAAAGUUCAACAACACAAAAUAAUAACCAGCAGAAAAAAGGGAUCCAGGUGUUACCUGAUGGUCGGGUUACUAACAUUCCUCAAGGGAUGGUGACGGACCAAUUUGGAAUGAUUGGCCUGUUAACAUUUAUCAGGGCAGCAGAGACGGACCCAGGAAUGGUACAUCUUGCAUUAGGAAGUGACUUAACAACAUUAGGCCUCAAUCUGAACUCUCCUGAAAAUCUCUACCCCAAAUUUGCAUCACCCUGGGCAUCUUCACCCUGUCGACCUCAAGACAUAGACUUCCAUGUUCCAUCUGAGUACUUAACGAACAUUCACAUUAGGGAUAAGCUGGCUGCAAUAAAACUUGGCCGAUAUGGAGAAGACCUGCUCUUCUAUCUCUAUUACAUGAAUGGAGGAGACGUAUUACAACUUUUAGCUGCAGUAGAGCUUUUUAACCGUGAUUGGAGAUACCACAAAGAAGAACGAGUAUGGAUUACCAGGGCACCAGGCAUGGAGCCAACAAUGAAAACCAAUACAUAUGAGAGGGGAACAUAUUACUUCUUUGACUGUCUUAACUGGAGGAAAGUAGCUAAGGAAUUUCAUCUGGAAUAUGACAAAUUAGAAGAACGGCCUCACCUGCCAUCCACCUUCAACUACAACCCUGCUCAGCAAGCCUUCUAAAAAAAGACUUCCCUUUUCUUGGGGUAUGGCUGUCUCAGCACAAUACUCAACAUAACUGCAGAACUGAUGUGGCUCAGGCACCCUGGUUUUAAUUCCUUGAGGAUCUGGCAAUUGGCUUAUGCAAAGGGUCACCAUUUGAGGUCCUGCCUUACUAAUUAUGUGCUGCCCAACAACUAAAUUUGUAAUUUGUUUUUCUCUAGUUCGAGCAGGGUCUGUAUUUUUUUUCAUUUAUUUUCUUUUUUUGCCAGCAGACAGACUUGAGUCUGUAAAGACAAGCAAGUACACUGACAGAAGUUUACCAUUUAGUUUCUAAAAUGUAAAAAAGAAAACCCACAAAAGACUCAACAGAAUUAGACCACAAAAUUUGCAUUGUUCAUUGUAGCACUAUUGGUAAUAAAAUAACAAAUGUUUGUGCA